AUGCCUUCCGUUAGAUAUCAAAAUUUUAGUACUCAGAUUAUUUCAACAACUGGUGAAUCCUAUGAUGAUAAACUUGAUCAUAUCUCCGUAAAAUCCCGAUUUGCAAGGGACUUUGAUGGUGAAACUUUAUAUGCUGUGUGGACUGAUUAUGAAAGUGAUUGCAAAUCGGACGUCUUAGAAAAUCCAAGAUGUGCAAACGGGUUUGUUGCGGCAAUUCUCCAAGCUUAUUCUUCUAAUCAACAUUUACGAAUUUCUCCCGAUGAUAUUUGGUUAACCAUUGCUCAAGGUGUUAGUCAACAUAUCAGUCUUCACUAUGAAAAAUAUCGUCAUCGUUUAGUAAAACAUGAAGGACAAAAAGAAGUUCAAAUAUUUGCCGGCGAUAUUCUUGAUUCUGAUCUUUCUUCGGUCUCUGGUGAUUGGCCUGAACUAUUUAAACGUAUCAUAGAUUCAACUGAUGAACAAGUUGGAAAAUUCGAUAUGAAAACUUUAUUAAAAUGUAAUUUUUCUACUAGUACAACUGCUUCAAAAAUUGCAAGUGGUAUCGUUCUAUUUGAUGUUGUUAAACCUUUCUCCAAUUAUAAAAAUUCUUCUAAAUGUGGAAUUCCAAAAAUUACUUUGGAUGGUUCUUUAAAUGAUUGGAAUAAACUUCAAGAAAAAGUCGUUCAAUUAAGAAAUUUUAAUUUCGACUUGGACUUUUGGCUUGAUCGUCUUAAUCCUGUUAUUGAACAAUUGGUUGCUACUUAUCGUGGUGAAAUUGAUAAAACUUUUUGGAAUGAUAUUGCAACUGAAUUGACUUUUGAUCAUGAUGAUUCUAAACUUGUGGGUUGGAUUUCUUCUUUUUUUCCUUAUGGACGUGAUGGUAAACCUUUAGAAGGAAAUUGUAUUCGAACUUCUGAUUUACCUGAUGGAAGAAUUGCUUUACCUUUUGUUACAACCUCUGGUUUUUGUUUAAAACUUGUUUCCGGUUUUGUUGGUGCUCAACAAGAAUAUGAUUCUGAAGGUAACAUAGUUGUAUCUCCCAUUAUUGGCUGGGCCGUUGGUGGAUUCAACCCUUCCGAAUAG